AUGAUGAUGCAAAAUUCGUUAAACCCGAAUGUAGAUUAUUUGAAGGAUCACGAACUUAUUGGCGUGAAGCGUAGAAUGUUGGCAAACUCAGAAUCAGAGGGUAUAAAAGUUAGGGAAUUGGACACCUGUGAUUUCAAUCAGGAGAGAUUUCGGUCGAAAAAUUUUUCUGAGAUAAAUAAACAAAUGCUUGACGCAAUGACUGCUGUAGACAUUGUAAAUCAUACCAUCUACAACCCUAAUAUACCCCUCAAAUACAAGUAUACAAAUGAAAAACAAGGGCAGAUGAACCAUUCAAUGGAGAAUCCCCGAGCUAAACGACAACUUGUACCCAUGCAGACUCUUUUGGGAGAGUGGGAAAAGUCAAACUUCACACCCCUGGCCAUAAGAAAUGAUCACAUAUACAAGCUAAAAAAUGCUGCCUGUAGCUGUCCUUUACAAGGAAUUAAUUAUAAGUAUUCUGAAGAUAUGAUAAACCAAGUAACUGGGCCCAUCAAGAUCUUAUGCCCAAUCCACUCUGGCCAUCCCAUACACGAAUCCAUACGCAUUGGUCGAGUAAAAAAUACCAAAUCAGUGUUUGGCUCGAACCAGGCAGAUCCUACUAUUUUACAACACUCAGAUAGUGAGAAGAUUAUCAUUGUUAAGGAAUUAUCUUUGGCAUGCAAGUAUCGAAUGAUAUCGCAUCGGCAGAUACACAUACUGUACAUUUUGUCACUGCUUAGCUCUACAAACCAAGUUUCCAUGUUUCAAUUAAGUUCUCCAUUGCAAUCUAUAAGUUAUGUAGUGCUGAAGGAUUUACAUUUGCAGCCAUACUUCAUCAACAGUAAAUUCAAAUCUUCUACAUAUAAUGGCCCAGCUUUAUUUAUCGCCACAACAGAUGAAUUCAGAAUUGCGACUAUGCCAGAUUCUCUAGGUAACACUAAAGGCAUGAUGAACCAAAAGUACAUAUCUCGCAUGCAUAUAAUAAUUCGCCAGCGCAAUUAUGGUGUAUAUGUAUCUAAGAUCAUGUGUCACGAGACAACAGGAAGGAUUUUUAUUUUGGACGGGUCGAACAGUGUUUAUGAAUUCGUCUACCAGUACAGGUCACCUGGCUAUAGUUCAAUGUCAUUCGCCUUUCUAAAGCCAUUGAAAGUUCUUUGGAGCUCUUUGUGUACAAUCACUCAAUAUGCAAAUUCACUUCUUAAUAUGCGGGGGGAUGUUAUUAAGUACACCGUCAAUCCGGUGGAGAUUAAUGUGACACUGGGGGAGCAUAGAGCGGUUAAGCCCUUAAAUCAUAGCUGUUUAAAUGACAGAUUGGAUAUAUCCAUAAAGAAUUCUGUGUUAUACUACCCUCCUGUACUGUGGGAGGCCAUAACUCCUGAAGUGAUUGCCAAUCUGAAAAAUCAUAUUGUUAAGACCGUGUGCAAUUGUGGUGCAGUUGAUCCUUGCAUGAGUGUUCCAAUUAACUACGGUCUGAAGGUUUUAAAUCCUUGGUAUUUUAGUCGUUCAGUGCGUUCUAACUCUACGAUCAUUGAUGGCUUCGUAGACAAAACCAAAAACAUUCUAGUGGUGCUAUUUCUAAAUGGCGACAUAAUUGUCUAUACAUUUUCUAGUUCUAUUGAUGAUGAAAAUAAUGGUGUGGUUCAAAGUUAUAUGAUACGGGGCGAUCAAAUACAAUACUAUUUGUCUCGCAUGAACUAUCGCAGAUAUGUGGGGAAUACAAGUUAUUUUAGCAAGGAUCUCAAAAAAUACUACAGCAUAUCAGUUGGGUCUAAGGUAGAUGAGUUGGUUGUCAACUGCGAAAACGUCGUGGCUGUUCUAAGUGAUGAAUUUGGGACGAGAAUUUAUAUAGGCUUUAGCGGUGGAUAUACAACUGCCAGUGAUGGUUCCCUAGUUAGAGUGACGAAUGAGACAGGUAAUCCAAGCUCUGCCAAGACGAAUCCUACCCUUGUGGUCAAGGGAUACCGUUUAUUGCCACCUCACUUUUCGCCCGAGGGUUUUACCUCCGAAAACGCUGAUAAUCAUCUAGCAGAUAUGUUCAAUAUGUACCACAAUAUCCACAAAACUUUUCGUAUAUAUGAUAACGAAUAUGCGAUGGUACAAGUGGGCGUUCAAAAUCCUGUUGGCAGAAAAUUAGGAUCAAAGACCCUAUUUCAACCUACAAGUUCAAGUGCAACUUUUGGUGCUAUUGGUCAUGACAUUAGGGAUGUUACUAGAAUAGACUCUAACACUCACAAUGUAAAUCCACUUACAGCGGGACCUAUUAUUUCCGGAUCUUUUGGCAGUAAUAAGGCCUCUUCUACUAGCACUAGGUCUAGUAAUAUGUACAAAAUUACCAUUGCUGUGGGAGAUAAGCAUACUUACUCGGAAGUUUCAAGCGAUGAUCAAGGGUUACCCCGUACAAUUUGGAAUUCUUUGAACAACAUUUCAGGAUGCAGCACGCGUAACACGGUUAAACAGGUAGAAUGGUACGAUCAAUUUUACCUUUAUUUGGGUGCUGAUGAGAAAUUGGUGUCCAUGUUCAUGAACGGAAGCUUUGGAAAUGAUGCGCUUGGUACGCUAAUUAUUAUUACCACAUACCAUGUUUACAGUAUUCAGCGACAGUCGCUAUACUCUUUAAUGGAGGAUGCUAUUAACAAUCCAAUUGCGGCUUUAGAAGCAUAUGAUAAGAAAGCGCUAAAUUACUUUCCAAAGUGGUUGGAGAGUUCACAAAACACGUCAAAAGUACCAAAAUUUUCUAACUUGAUGGAUUUGAAGGUAUCCAACAAAGAGGUAGAUAUUUUGGACAUAGCGGCCAAUAAAAAGUAUUUAAACAAGGACGCUUCGGAUCAAUUGAAAAUCAGCGAGAUGCAAUGUGUAGGGUUUUUAUUUUACCUCUUUUCAUGGAUGUAUAGUCCUCAAGUAUUUUUUAGUAUAAUAUGGAAAUUGUUAGUGAACUACAAUGCAAUUAAAUCGUCAAAUGCCAAUUUGAAGCAUUAUUGUUCAAACCUUAUCUUUCCAGAAUACAUAAACGAUGUAAGAUUAUCAUUAAUGUGCAAUUCUUUGGGUAUUUAUUCAAAGCAAUACAACUGGUCGGUAUUCACUAUGGAAGAUAAGAUCUAUCCCUGGCCUAAAAUGCUAUACUUCGGCUCAACAACCUAUUUUAGGACUGCAAAAAUAUCUACAAAUGCCAUUUCUCCCAUUGUAGAGGGGUUAUUGCUCUUCGUCAGCGAAUUGUUCGAAGAUAUUUGGUUCCUCAAACUUUUCCCCAGCUCAAUUAAGCAAUUUUCACAACUUUCUUAUAAAAUGGCAGGGGAAGGAGAGACACAGGACACUCAGAACGCCAAACACAAGCUCCUUCUUAUGUUAAAGGACUAUUUUUCAUUGCAACCGAAUUAUAAGAAAUUGUACGACCAAAUAGAUUCGUUGUCCGAGUUGUUAAAAAUAUCCAUAGUGUGUAAUUCGAGAGAUACAUUCAAGGAAGCUAUUUGCGAUGCAUUGGCCAUUCAAAUUCUUGAUGAUUUUGCUCAUGACUGGCAAAAUCUUAUCGCCACUGAUAUUCGUACACAUCGAUCGAAACUCAUGAAAUAUGUGUCAAAAUAUCCAUCAGAUGAUCUCUUUGGGUCAAACUUGUUGACUAGAUCGAACCAAGAUGUUAAUCAAGAAUACAUUGCCUUGAAGGGUGAAUUUGCUAGUAGAUUUGACAAAGACAUAUCACUUUUAAACGAGUGCAAUGUACUUAUGGACAAAGCCAAAACCUAUAUUCUGGGUGCAAUAAUAUUCCAGUGUUGCAUAUUAGACAAUCUAAACGUCAAUAAAUUCAUCAAUGUUUAUGAGACGUCACAAAAAGCAGCCAGGGUUGACUAUUCUUCUUUUUCGCUGGAAAAAAUUUGCACCGACGUUGUGUUCGAGAAGGAGUUUUCAGAGUUAGUCAAAAGGGUUAAAAAUGCCUUUAAUAUUACUUAA